CUCUCCAUGCUUUUGAUUCUUCCCAUCAGAAGAUGGAUAUGUUUGCCUCGCAUCCUGGGAUGCAGCUUGCCGGCAGCAGCGCAGAUGUCCUUGCCGGCCGGCCAGCGCUGCCAGCCGCAGGGAGCCUUCCCUGCGCCCGAGCAAAUAGGCCCGGUGGUUCAGAUCUUCAGUUCUUCUCUGGGCGCCAUGGUCUCCCUUCUUGCCAAGCUCCGUUCCUUGCUGGUCUCUGCAGAGGAUCACCUGCCAGAGCCGUUGAAGUCACAGAAGGACAAGCUCGAGAUCAUCAGACAAGAUCUCGAAGCAAUAAACACCUUCCUCGUGAAUCUGUCAUGGGUGGAAGCUCCCAACAUGAUGGUGAAGCACUGGAUGAACGAGGUGCGUGAUCUGUCCUACGAUAUUGAGGAUUAUAUUGACAAUUGUAGGGAAGAGCCUUGUUCUGAUUCAGAGGUGGAGGAGUUAAGCACUCUCGUGAAGCAGGCCAAGGACGCCCACGAACGCCACAACAGGUAUGAUCUUGGGCGUUGGGCAUCAAAUCCUAGAUUUGUGGUCGAUGGUGGCGAGCAGGGCUUGGUACCAAGGCUCAACGGGGACGCCACAGACCUUGUUGGUAUCAGUGAUUCUAAGGCUGAACUUAUCAAGCGGCUUAACAUUGACGCCGAACAGAGGCUAGUAUUGUCCAUACAAGGACCUCCAGGUGUUGGUAAGACUACGCUUGCCAAACAAGUGUACUGUGAAAUUGAAGGACGGUUCGAGUGUGGAGCUUUUGUUCGGGCCUCAAAGAUGCCUGAUACAAGGAGGCUUCUCAGUAGCAUAAUCUCCCAAAUCCAGCCACGGGAUGAAAGACCCCCUCAUGGUCUACCCGUGCAAGAGCUCAUUGACAGCCUAAGAAAACAUCUCCAACAGAAGAGGUAUCUGAUUGUAAUUGAUGGUUUGUGGGAAACAACAUCAUGGGAUAUUGUUAGUAGCGCAUUCCCUGAUGACACUCAUUGUAGCAGAAUAUUAAUAACUACAAAUAUCGAAGAAGUAGCUUUGGAGUGCUGUGAUUAUGAAUCUGAUGCUAUUUUUAAGAUGGAGACACUUGGUGGAAAUCACUCCACAGAAUUGUUCUUCAAUAGAGUGUUUGGAUUUAAGCAUGAGUGCUCUAAACAAUUGAAGGAAUGCUCUGAGGAAAUUAUAAGAACAUGCGGUGGUCUGCCACUCGCGAUCAUUAGCAUAGCUAGCAUUUUAGCAAUCCAACCAGAUAACUUAGAGCUGUGGCGCCAUGUGAAAGAAGCAUUAUUUUCGAGAUUGAGAUAUAAUCUUACUUCUGAAGUCAAGCUGAGAGAAAUAGUAAGUCUGAGCUACAAUAGUCUUCCUUGCCAUUUGAAGACGUGCCUACUAUAUCUUAGUAUGUAUCCUGAGGGUUAUACAUUCUUCAAGGCUGACUUGGUGAAACAAUGGAGUGCCGAAGGUUUUAUAAUUCCUGGUGAAGAGAAAAAUUGUGAUGAAGUUGCAGAAUGCUAUUUUGAUGAGCUUACCUGCAGGGGCCUGAUACAACCCAAUCAUACCAAUAUCUCAGAUGAGGUGACUUUGUAUACACUGCACUCCACUGUAUUUGAAGUUAUUAGGAGCAUGUCCAUAGAAGAGAACUUCAGCACUGUGAUAGACUACUCCAAUACCAUCUCAGAGCUUUCUGUAAAGAUUCGACGACUAUCUCUCAGAUUCAGUAGUGCCAAAUAUGCAACAAAACCAGAAACCAUUAAACUAUCCCCUGUGCGGUCACUUAUGUUUUAUGGACUUGUUGAGUGCCUCCCUUCAAUUAUGGAGUUUGAGGUACUUCGAGUUCUUAUUCUUGAUGUUUGGGGUGACCAUGACCAAGAAUUAGACCUCAGUGGCAUCGGCAGACUGUUUCAGCUGAGGUACAUGCGGAUUACAUCUAACAUCAUUGUCAAACUACCAGCAAGGGUGAUUGGACUACAAUUUUUGCAGACAAUGGAAAUUUAUGCAAAAGUAACUUCUGUUCCAUCAGAUAUUAUUCAUCUCCCGAGAUUGGUGCACCUCUGUGUACGUGGUGAGAUAAAUCUGUCCAAAGAUAUUGGCCACAUGGGAUCUCUACGCACAUUUCAAUCUUUUGACCUCAGCAGUAACUCUGAAGAUAAUAUACGGCAACUUGGUGAGAUGACAGACCUUCGUGAUCUUCAUGUCAUCAGUCCUACAGAAGUGUCUGACCCUCUGAAGGGAAAGUUGAUAGCAUUCGUUUCUUCCCUUGAGAAACUUGGCAAUCUAAAAUCUAUAAUUUUUGAACUUGCACCUGCUACUUCAUGCACAAGCAUUGACUUGGAUUGCUCAUGGAGCAUAUCUUCUCUGUCCGUCUUCCUUCAGAGACUAGAGCUGUUACCGCCCAUUUGCAUCUUUUCAAGGCUCCCUGUUUGGAUUGGACAGCUCCGGAAGCUAUGCAUUUUGAAAAUUGUUCUUAGGGAAUUGACGACAGGUGAUGUUGACAGCAUCGCCAAAUUACAGGAACUCACCAUUCUCUCUCUGUACGUCAGGCAACCAACUGCAGAACAGAUUGUCUUCCAUCGUGCAAAUUACAAUGAGAAUGCUAUACUUUCAGAUUGUAUACUUUAAUAACUUCAAAAUAAGAGGACUGCCGAGGUUCAAUACUUUAUUUAGGCCUUGUUUAAACAAAUUACAGAAGUCCUCGGUACUCUAAUGUAUUAAACCUAAUUAAUCUGUAACUAGCGCCUACUGUAGCUUCACUGUAGCACCAUAUUGUCAAAUCAUGGACUACUUAGGAUUAAAAGAUUCGGCUCGCAAAAUAGUCAUAAUUUAUGCAAUUAGUUAUUUGGUCUAUAUUUAAUACUCCAUGCAUAUGUCAAAACACGAUAGGAUAGGGAGUAAACUUUAGGGGGAGAGGAACUAAACAAGGCCUUACUCGAUCAUGUUUAAUCUAUGGGUUUCAUCAUGGUGCCAGUUCCACCUAUUUGACGAUGUGCAUGCAGUUAAGAUUUCUGGCGUGCAACAGUUUUUAUACAAGAUCUGAUAAUGACUUGUCCCGCUUCUUUUCUCAACAAUAUUUGAUAAUGCCUUUAGGUUAAAAACUGUAUGAAAGAAUCUUGGUGGAGAUAAAUACUCCACUUAUUAUUUGUAACUUCACUGAAACGUUAUAAUAAACUGUUGCUAGCUACUUGAUUAUGUCCUGGGCUUCCAAGCUAGCUAGCUGAAGAAAUUUCAAAUGAGAUUUUUUAUAAUUUCAGAUUCUAGACAUUCUGCUGAUUUAACAACAUCAAAAUAAGAGGGACUGCCGAGGUUCAGUACUUUAUUUACUUGGUCAA